GGCAAAAAAACAAUGAGACAGUGCCACACAGAACAAUCAAAAGCCUAUCAGAAACAAGAGUCACACAAAUACACAUUCACACUUACACUUACACUUCCACUGUCUUUUGAGGUUUGAACCAAACAUCAUCAGAAGCAUCCAUGGCAGCCACCACUAGAGCCAUAACCAUAGCCAGCAACUCAACCUACACUCUUCUUGGUAAGAAACCAUUUCUGGGUGGUCGUGCUCUUCGUCUCAACAAUCUCAAGGUUUCUUCUAGAACUACCAGGUCUUAUACUUGUAAGGCUAUCUAUUACCCUGAGGUUUCUGUCAAGGAGGAAGGUGAACCACAAACCCUUGAUUAUAGAGUCUUCUUUCAUGACAAAUCUGGUAAAAAGGUUUCUCCCUGGCAUGAUAUUCCAUUGCAGCUAGGUGAUGGUGUCUUCAACUUCAUUGUUGAAAUACCAAAAGAAUCCAGUGCAAAGAUGGAGGUUGCCACUGACGAGCCUUUCACUCCCAUUAAACAGGAUACAAAAAAGGGAAAGCUUCGAUUUUACCCCUAUAAUAUACAUUGGAACUAUGGCUUACUUCCACAAACGUGGGAAGAUCCAUCUCUUGCAAACCAUGAAGUUGAAGGAGCAUUUGGAGAUAACGAUCCAGUUGAUGUGGUUGAGAUCGGCGAUAGGCAGGGGAAGAUAGGAGAGGUUCUCAAAGUCAAACCCUUAGCUGCAUUAGCCAUGAUUGAUGAAGGAGAACUUGAUUGGAAAAUAGUUGCAAUUUCAUUAGAUGAUCCAAAAGCUUCACUUGUGAACGAUGUUGAUGAUGUUGAGAAGCAUUUUCCAGGAACCCUCACUGCUAUUAGGGACUGGUUUAGAGACUAUAAGAUACCUGAUGGGAAGCCUGCUAAUAGAUUUGGUCUUGGCAACCAGGCAGUAAAUAAGGAUUACGCGCUUAAGGUAAUCACAGAGACCAAUGAGUCAUGGAGUAAACUUGUGAAGAGAUCAAUUCCUGCAGGAGAGCUGUCACUUGUGUAAAUGUAUUGGUAGAAUAUCAGUUGUUAGUGCCAAUGCUUGCAUUUUUUUUACAAUUCUAUUUAUGAAGCAGCAAACUCUUUUGUCGAGCUUCACGGUUAUGUCUUUAACAGUAAUUCCCUUUUGGUCAGGCACUAGUUAAAUUGAAUACAUCCAUCUUGCUUUUUUUUUUUAUUUUUUUUUGAAGGAACAUCCAUCUUGCUGUUGUAUUCUACAUUUUACUUGCCAUUAUUCCUUUUACAUUCCAAUGAGAUAACUCCUAUAUUCUCUA